GCAAAAACAAAUCCAACUAACGGCGUCGUAUUGCACGAGUGUCCACCUAGCUAACAACACACUACAAAACGCCAAAACUAAAAUCCACCUUCUUCAACAACACAUCACCAACAAAACCCCCAAAUCUCCACCAUUUUCAAAACCAUAUGCUCCAAAUUUCACUUCCAAUUCAACUCUACUCGCACACUUUCACAAAUCUCAAGAUAUGGAAGAUGAUAACGAUUUGGAGCAGCUUUCGGGGAGUCCGACAGCUGGAGAGAACGAAUUUGUUCAUGUAGAGUCAGUUGAUUCUGCUCAAACGGAUUCUGGUUUAGUUAAUCAGGUUGAGCGUAUUGAGCAGGAUGAUGGGGUGAUGAUAACAGGAGUAGAUACUGUACAAGAUGAGCCACACGAUGCAAUAUCAAAUGAAGACGGGGGACAAGAUGAGUUUGUAGAUUGUCCAGAUGACUUGAUUUCUAAUGAAUCAAAGUCCCCAGGUCCUGGAAGUAUGACCCGUCAACAACCGUUUGGGGAUGAUACAGAAGAUGUUCCAUAUAAUGUGGCUGGUAACCAAAAGGAAAUCACUCCACAUGACUAUGAGGAAGAAAGAAGGGUAUUGAUGAAAGAAGUUAGCAAUCUUCAUCAUCAACUCAAGGCUCUAAGCAAUCGACAGUCAAUGGUUGAUGAAAAUGAUGUUGGUGAUUCCACAUUAGGAAUAUCAGAGGGUGAUGAAAAGUCCAAUUUGCCCUUGAGUGAGAUGGUAAAUGGGUGCUCCAAGUAUAUAGAGUAUUCUAUGAAUGAGCGGUUACAAUCUGAGGGCACAAUCAAAGAACUCUAUGCCACCUUGCACACGAAGGAUAAAGAAAUUGAGGAUCUUACAAUAAGGGUCAAUGAACAGUCAAAGUUACAAGAUGCCGUAGAUAGGAUUUUAUCUUCUCUUGUAACUGCUUUCGGUGGUGCAGAAUUGUCGGAUACAUCUGUUAACGGGAAGCUAUAUUAUCUUGAAGAAGGCACAUCGUAUUUACUCACGCAAUACAAUUAUUUUCUUUCUGAAGUUAACAUGCUUGCGCAUUGUAUGGCAGAGGUUAAGUCAGAUUUCCCGAUGGAGAAUUACAUGGAGACGAUUUUUCCGUCUUUACGGGAGGAGUUGAUAGGGCUAAAACAGAAGGAACUCGAGUUUAACGAAAAAAAUACCGUUUUAACUGAACAACUUGACAAAAAUAGAGAAACAAUCGAGUUACUAAAUGCAGAAAUUGUGAAACUUAGAGGUGAAGUUGAACAGGAGAAAACGAGAUAUACUAAUACAAAAGAAAAGCUUAGCAUGGCUGUAACGAAAGGGAAAGCAUUGGUUCAACAACGUGACUCGUUAAAACAAUUGGUUGCUGAGAAAACCAGUGAAUUAGAAAGAUGUUUAGUUGAAUUACAAGAAAAGUCAACUGAGCUGACUCAAACUGGAAUUUUGGCUAACUCGCUGCAAGAAGCUCUUACACAACGGGAUGCGGUUAUUGGAAAAUGUACGGAACUUCUUUGCCAAGCGUUACCGGAAGUUGCAGAAGCUCCCGACUUGGAAUAUCAACUUAACUGGCUAUUGGAAUCGUAUAAUCUUGCAAAAGAUCAGUCGAUUAAGCUACACGAUGAAAAUAACGCGAUGAAAGAGGCCUCUAGUGCACAAAUCGAUCAUUUAACUGCAUCGUUGUUAGUAGAAUCACAAGAGAAACACCAUCUUAAAGAGCAGUUAGAAGAAAUUGCAUGCAAGUCACCAAUGGACAUUGAAGUAUUUGAAAAGAUUCAAAGUUUGUUGUAUACGAGUGAUCUGGAAUCUAAGAUGUAUGAGCAAAUUCUUGAGCUGGAGCUCGAUAAUCGAUCACAUGAACUUCACGCAUCGAAAGAUGAGUUGAACUCUCUGCAGAUGAAUCUUCAACGGUCCGAAGAGAAAGCAUCUUUAUUGAGGGAGAAAUUGUCUAUGGCAGUUAAGAAAGGAAAGGGUCUUGUUCAAGAACGUGAGAACAUGAAACAACAAAUGGCAGAAAAGAAUGCUCAGAUUGAGGCAUUAACGGUUGACUUUAGGAAACAAGAGUCAACGUUAAGCGACUACAGGGAUCAAGUUGCAAAGUUGGAAUCUGAAAGGGAUCAAAUCGGGCAGUUUUUGGCUCAAAGCAAUAUGAUGUUACAGGAUAUAAUCGAGAUAAUUGACGGUAUUAGUAUUAGUUUUUCGUCAGAGUUGGAAGAACCGGUUGAGAAGGUGAAGUGGUUUGCAGCAUAUGUAAGUGAAUGCCAAAUUGCCAAAGAUGAAGCCGGUCAACUCACCAGCAAGUUGACUGAAGCUCUGGUCAACAUGAAAUCCCUUGAAGAUGCAUUAUCGGUUUCAGAACAAAACGUUUCUCAAUUAUCUGAAACGAAAAGAGAACUAGAAGUUUCAAAGAUUCAGGCAGAACAAGAAGUGGAAACUUUGAAAGAGGAAAUCGAUACGUUGAAUAACAAACUGGUGGAAACCCUAAAAACCGUGAAAUCACUGGAAGAUAAUCUUGCGGGUUCACAGAAAACCAUCGGUUUACUAACGGAAGAGAAGAGCGAAUUAGAGAUUGCCAAGUGUCACGUUGAAGAGGAAUUGCAUAAAGCAAUGAAUGAAAUUACUUUUCAAACAAGUAACCUUGAUGAUGCGAAAAAGACUAUAAAGUCCCUAGAAGAUGCAUUGUCCGUUUCAGAGCAAAACGUUUCUCAAUUAUCCGAAAAGAAACGAGAACUAGAAGCUUCAAAGACUCAUGCAGAACAAGAAGUGGAAACUUUGACAGAGGAAAUCGGUAUGUUGAAUAACAAACUGGUGGAAACCCUAAAAACCGUGAACUCACUGGAAGAUAAACUUGCGGGUUCACAGAAAACCGUCAGUUUACUAACCGAAGAGAAGAGUGAAUUAGAGAUUGCCAAGUGUCACGUUGAAGAGGAAUUGCGUAAGGCAAUGGAUGAAAUUACUUCUCAAACAAGCAACAUAUCUAUGCUCAUGAGCGAAAAGGAAGAAGCUCAAAUGGAAGUACAGAGAGUUAAGGAGGAAGUUUCUUUUCAUGCAAGUAAUCUUGAUGAUGCUAAAAAGACUAUAAAGUCCCUUGAAGAAACAAUCUUUCAGUUAAAUACAAACGUUUCUCAGUUUUCGCAGGAAAAUGAGACAGCAGUAGAUAAUAGAACUGUAUUAGAGAGGGAGAUAAAGAAACUUAAAGAAGAAGCCAAACAUGAGAUUUCGACCCUAAAAACAGCGUUGGCAGUUGUGAAUGAUAAAUGGGGCCCACAGCUCUCGGGUUUUGUUGGAAAUCUAAUGGUGUUGUUGAAAGAUGAAUCUUUGUUCUCAUUGUUCAAGCAAAGUUUUGAGAAAAAAAUCGAAAGCUUAAAAGACAUAGACCGGCUUCUAAAAGACAUGAAGGAUAGUUUUGAUAUAGAACAACUGCAAGAUCAUCUUGCUAUUGAGGAAAAUUUCCAAUCGCCAGCUUUCCUCUUUACUGACUUUAACGAUGAUUGGAACACUGGGAUGAUCAAUGAUGAGUUUAAUCACGAAGAUAUCGAGGGUAUCAGUUCAUAUGUUAGCAAUACUUUUGAUAACUUGAAUACUAAAAAUCAAAAUAUUGCUAAUCAAUUCGGCAAUUACUCAACACUCAUCGAUGACAUAAUCGCAUCUUUGUUGAAAAAAUUAGAAGCAAUAAGAAAUACCAUUCCACUUGUGGUUCAACAAACAGUAUCCUUGCAACAAAAAGUUGAAAACGUGCAGAUGGAGAAAGAAAUGCAAGAUAAUAAAGUGGUAACGCUGGAAAAUGGCAUUAAAGUUCUACUAUCUGCAUGUGCUGAUGUCACCAAAGAUUUGAAGUCGUAUUUUGAAAACAAUAUGCUGCAAGCCGACCCGACCAUUGUAGAUGAUGAUGUGGCAGUAGCAGAUAUUAAGGUUGCUGCUGAUGACCUGUUAUUUGCUGCUAGAAAUGUUCAAAGUGUGAUGGAACAACUUGUUGGUGUAAAAGAGAACAUGUCCACCACAAUUGAAAGUUUACAGACUGAAUUAAAGAACACCAGUUCAAUGUAUGACAAGUCAAAAGAAGUCAUUGAAGAAUUACAGAUUAAAUUAGAGAAAACCAGUUCAAUGUAUGAUCAAGCAAAAGGGUUAAUUGAAGAAUUACAGGGUGAACUGGAGAAGAACGGGUCAAUGUACGAAAAAGUCAAAGAAGAAAAUGAUGCAUUCCCAAAAAGAGUUUUUGAAUUGGAGACUGAACUGGAAGCAUCUAGAGAAAGUUGUAAUGAAAUGAGCUCCAGAUUAGAAGAUUAUCGGGCAAAAGAGGAUAGGUGGAAUGAAAGAGAAAGCGAGUUGUCUGCUCGAAGUAUUUCGUCUGUUAAAGAUCAUGAGGACGAUGCCGAAAAAGCUCUUUUAUCAGCUUCACAAAUAAAAACACUGUUCGAUAAAAUAGACGGCAUCACAAUUCCUUUCCCGAACCUUGUGGUUGGAGACAAACAAGCCCAAGAUUCAAACCCUGUUGAAAAACUCUUCUAUAUAGUUGAUAAUGUAAAUGAAUUGCUAGACCAGUUGACUUUGUUGACUCAUGCCAAUGAAGACCUGCAGUCAACCGUUUCAAAACAAGCCCUUGAAGUUGACCAUUUGAAGGGGGAAUAUAGAGAUGGGUUGCAGAAUAUUAUUAGAAAGUUAGGAGGCGAAGAAUCUAUCGGAGUCAGGAAACCUGCUGACGUGGCAGGACUGGUUCUAGUACUAGAAGAGCUUGUUCAGGGUGUAAUUCUGGAUGGUCAAGAUUCAAGAUCCAAAUUGGUGGAGACCCAGAAAUUUGCGGAGGAAUUAUCGAGGAAGGUUAAAUUAAUGGAAGAUUUUAUUCAAAAUAGGACAGGUGGACCCGACACGAUACAGGAAAGAGGCGUCAUAGGAGCAACAUCCUAUCCUUCUGGGUCAGAGAUAUCGGAAAUUGAUGAUCAGGUUACUGUUGGGAAAGUGGGGUUGCCUUUGGUGCCCUCUGCUGCUCAAAUGAGAUCGUUAAGAAAGUCGGGAUCGAGUGAGCAGCUUGCAAUUACCAUCGACUCAGAGUCUGACCGCUUGCUAGACAAAGCUGAAACUGUUGAAGAUAAAGGUCAUAUAUUCAAGUCGCUCCAUACAUCUGGUCUUGUGCCAGUCCAAGGGAAGAUGAUUGCAGAUCGACUCGAUGGACUAUGGGUCUCGGGUGGUCAAGCCUUGAUGCGGCGACCAAGGGCACGGCUAGGGCUUAUAGCUUAUUGGCUUAUGUUGCACCUAUGGCUUCUUGGCACUAUUUUGUGACCAUGACAAGUUGUGCCAUAGAUAAGUAGCUUCAGUGCUUCACGUCGGUUUUUUUCUUCUUAAUUUUUUUUUUUUUUUAUGAAUUUACAUAGAUGUACAAAAUUAACGGUCACGUGUUCUUUUGAUUCUCUGCAAUCAGAUUUUAGGGAUUCAGAGAAUACAUAAACCAUAAGCCUCCAUGUUCAUGGAAAAUAUUUAAGAGAAAAGUGUACGGAUAGUCUUUGUGGUUUGCCUAGAUUUCACCUAUCAUUUUUAAAA